AAGCAACUCAUAAAGGUUUGUGGGGUGAGUAAAUGAUGACAGAAUUUUCAUUUUCGGGUGAACUAUCCCUUUAAAGAGUCUCUCAUUCCCCUCAGCCCCAGUCCUGCUUUUAUAGGAAGAUAUUUGUCCCCAUCUACUGGUGUGGUGCUCGAACAACAGCGGAAAUGUGCGUUAAACUGUGGUGACGUCAGACGCAAAGGAGCGUCGCUUGUAGGUUCCUCAUCGAUCGCAGGUGUCUCUUCCGGCCAUUACGAAGGAGUUACAGUAACCUACUUAGAAUGACAUUGGCUGCUGUUGCCGCCAUUAUCCUCGCCAUAGGAGGCGCUGGGAUGUUUUCUGCUCUUCAUAAGAUUGAAGAAGGACAUGUGGGUGUCUACUACAGAGGUGGAGCUCUGCUGACCACCACCAGUGGCCCUGGAUUUCAUCUAAUGCUGCCGUUCAUUACUACAUUUAAGUCUGUACAGACAACCCUACAAACAGAUGAAGUAAAGAAUGUUCCAUGUGGCACAAGUGGAGGUGUAAUGAUCUACUUUGAUCGCAUUGAGGUGGUGAACUAUCUUGCUCCCUCAGCAGUGUACGACAUUGUGAGAAACUUCACUGCCGACUACGACAAAGCUCUGAUUUUCAACAAAGUUCACCAUGAGCUGAAUCAGUUCUGUAGUGUGCACGCACUUCAGGAGGUCUACAUAGGUCUAUUCGAUCAAAUAGACGAGAAUCUAAAGCUCACGCUGCAGCAGGAUCUCACCAACAUGGCACCUGGACUCAUCAUUCAGGCGGUCCGUGUCACCAAACCAAACAUUCCAGAAAGCAUCCGCAGGAACUAUGAACUGAUGGAGGGUGAGAGGACGAAGUUACUGAUUGCGGCUCAGACUCAGAAGGUGGUAGAGAAGGAGGCAGAGACGGAGAGGAAAAAGGCUGUCAUCGAGGCAGAGAAGGUGGCUCAGGUGUCUGAAAUAAAAUUUGGACAGAAAGUUAUGGAAAAAGAAAUAGAGAAAAGGAUCUCAGAAAUUGAAGACGGCGCUCUCAUUGCUCGGAUGAAAGCAAAAGCAGAUGCAGACUUUUACACUGCACAGAGAGCAGCUGAGGCCAAUAAGCUGAAGCUGACUCCUGAAUAUCUUCAGCUGAUGAAAUUUAAGGCAAUUGCAGCUAAUAGUAAGAUUUACUUUGGAAGUGAGAUCCCUCGCAUGUUCAUUGAUUCAGGACCAAGAAGCUCCUCCUCAGCUGCCUCCAAAGCUAUAGAUGCUCUCUCAGAGGGCAUACUGGACUUGGAAUGACGAGAGAAGUUCUGUUUUAGCACUGAGGAUAAAUGAACAGGUAAUGAAAGCGAAUAAUGGCAAGUCAUUAGACUGCACUGUUGCAACCAGUGCAGCUGGAACCACUUUAGUGAAAUAACACAGCUGUAUCAGUGGGACCAAAACACUACCUGCGUCUAUACCCUGGUGAGUUGAUCACAAACCAGUGGUGGUUAACCAGAAUAUUAUACUUAAAACAGAGUGUGGGAAUGUGAAGCUGAAUGUGAUAUUAGAACCCAGCAGAAUGCAUGUAUGAAAUUUGUAAAUGUUUAAAGAUACAAUAAGUUUAUAAAAUUAAAGAGACAUAUUUUUUUUUUUUAUGCUGAGGGAUUGGAUUAUGUACUUGAUGGAUAUUUUAGUGUCUUGAAGGCUUUUAUAGCUCAGGGAUUAUUUUAGUGUGUUUACAGAAAUAAACACAGAUUAUGCUCUAGAUUAGGAUAGUGUUCUACAUUUUGUUGUCGGUUGAAUUUUCACUGAUCAUAUGACUGCCCUUGUUUUUCCCCCCAAUGAUGAAGUUAAAAUAUAAUUAUUUAAUUUGUAUUAAUUUAUAGUGUCAUGAACGGGGGAAAACAAGGACAGUCUGCUGAGUCUGUAAAGGUUCAAAUCAAAUGGUAACCAAAUUUAGAACAAUAUCUAAAUCUAGCACUCCAAGUACUGAGAAAAUCUUUCAAGAGGUUACUAUAUAUAGUGAGAAGAUGGUUGUGUAAACCUGCAAAAUAGUAAUGUCAUCUGAAAACAAUGUAGCAUAAAGCUGUUAUUGUUAAAUAUAAAAGUACAGCAUCAUAAAUUACAUAUAGCAGUUGUGUGCGGAGUUUUAUUUUGAAUAUAGCAAGAAACUUUUCAUCCUAAGCAGUGUACAGUGCACUUAAAAAUCAUUUCCCCCUUUAAAUCGCCAGGUGUUUUGUGCCUUUUCCAGCAUAGCACUCAUAAACCAAGAGUAGGACUGUAAUUGCAUAAACUGUCCAGUCAUUGGCACAUUUCUGUGGAUUUGAGUGUUGAAAUGUGUUGCAGUCUCAACACUGACCUUUAGAAAUCAGCACGUCUGUGGGAUGUUUCUCACCCAUGGAAUGCUGAUUCAACUUGACGUUGUUAGCAAGUCAUGUUUGAAAUAUGUUCUGUAAAUGAUUUCAAUUUCCCUUAAACUGAGGUUCUAUUACAAAAUAUACAGCUUUUUUUCAUUGUUAAAUGUUGUUAUAAUAUGCUUUUUUGCAGAUGGCAGCAUGAAUAUCAUGUACAGUAGCUCAUUCUUGUACUUCCAGAAUAACUCAUGUUGAUCAAUAACUCACUUUCAUGUGCAUUUAAACGGUCUUUGGAAAUUUUGGUUUGGCUUUAAUUUAGAAAGACGUUUUACAAGGGAAUUUUUAUUUGAACAGUGAAAACUGACAGCAUUGUAGCAGAUUGUGUAAUACACUGCGUUUAUGGACUCUUCACAUCAGUGCACGAACCCAUAAGCUGCACGAUUGGGCAGUUUCCGUGUAUGUGCUCUGGCGUUUCUUGGUUUCUUGACAAAGACAGAAACAGACCUCUUUUGAGCACAACAGUUUUUCAGGCCACUCAAUAACGCAAUAAACCCCCAGACACAGAUUAAAAAAUUUACUCAAUUACCGGCUAAUGAAAAGUCUCUACAAAAUCCAGGGUGCAAGCAGUUAAAUCUCCGUAAAUGGCCAAUCAUCAUGCUAUGGGCCUUCUACACACAAAUUCAUUUUAUGCGCUUAUUAAAACCGUCAACAAAGCAUCAACAAAACUCAGUUUUAUUUAUCAGCAAAUGCAGGACAGCCUUUUACAGGACUGCAAUUGUUAUUUAACAAACAUUUAACUAAUCAUUUUCACUAAGAAAAGAAUCCCCCAAGUCCCGCAAAUUCUUUGGUAACCCAGCAUCUUCUGCAUAUUUUUUUUUUUAGAUCCAUCUUUUCAUCCUGAGGAAAACUGAAGGACUCACAAAUAUGAUAAAGGAGAAAACAAGAUGCUCCAGAAGGAAACAAAAUGCAUUAAGAGCUCAGGGCGUAAACCUUUGAACAGGACAAUGAUGAAGAGUACAUUAUUCUUGUUUCAGAUUUGUUUUAGUACUUCCCUUCAGAAGCUACAUAAUUUUGUUUCACAGAAGCCAAUAUAAGUACAGCUUUCUCUGAUUUUCCAAUUCAAAUCGUUUACACCCUGCUGCUCUUAAUGGAUUGUGUGGCUUUAUUGGGUAUCAGGAAAUGUGUUUACCUUUUGUAAUAGUUGCGUAUGAGUCCCUCAGUUGUCCUCCAUGUGAAAAGAUGGAUAACAGCCUGCAGUUAAACUGCACGUGACAAAGGAAUCAUUAAACACUAUCACAAAACAAACUUGAACCACUACUGCAUCCUUAUUAUUUUAAUAAGCUAUAAUUUUGACUUGCAGCCUAAACGUAAUUUUUUUUUUUGUUCAGUAACCAUAAAACACAUUCUGUAACACAACCGUAUGUAUGUCUGAAACAGUGAAUACUGCAUGCUAACUUCAGUGAAAUAUCAAUACCUCUAUCAUCCUCUGAUAUGUCCUUUCUAUUUAUCUUGUGGAAACGGUCACUAGUGGUUCAAAAUGGUCACAUUUUCACAGUCCUUCAGUUGAGGAUCCUGUGAAAAAAAAAAGUGUGUGUGUGUGUAUAUUCUCUACAUUGCAGUUUUCAUUGUUUAAGCAAAAGUUAGAAUAAUGAUGUUACAUGAUUAAACAAAUGUAAUGAUAACAGGUAGCUCUUUUUUUAGCUGAAUUGUACAGCAAUUCACAAGUUCACAUUUGUACAGUAUAUAGAAAAGUAUUCCUUUCCUUUUAAAAUAACCACAUUUUAUUGCUUUGCAGCCUGAAAUAAAGAUGGAUACAGUUUUUGUUCUAUGCUGCUGCAUUUACUCUGUGUAAGUUAUAACAUCCAAGUGAAAGAUAUAACACCAACAUGUCAGAAAAAAUGAAUAUGACUCAAUCAGGUGUAGCUAAUCACCUUCUCAAUGUCAUCUGACUUUCAACUGUGAACCGCUGUGGUCAUUUUGAUUAGCUCAGCAUGAAAAUAACUUUUCUGGAGAAUUCAGUCCUUGGUAGUGCAACUCAAGCACUACCAAGUGCACUUUUUUUUCUUUUUUUCUUUUUUUGUGACAUGUUGGUGUUAUAUCUUUCACUUGGAUUUAAUAUGUUGCACAGAGUUAAUAAAGCUGGAUAAAACAAAAAACGUCUAAAUUUCAGGCAGCAAAACAAAAUGUGAUUAUUUUUAAGGGGAUGAUUGUUUUCUAUACCCACUGUAUACAUAACAGUGAGAAUAAGUAUGUUUGGCCUGCCGUCCUCUGAGAAUGGAGGUGAGAAAAGCGAAAUCUGAAAAUGUUUCUCCCAAACUUUAAUAAAUGCAUUUCUAAAAGAACAGAAAAAAUCUAAGCUUGUCAAAGGGCUGUCUUGCAAAUUUUGUAACUGAUUAAAGUAUUUGAUAACUUGGGUAACUGAAUUGUAUUCCGAAACUCUUUCUGUGUUCAGGUUACCUGAUUGAUGGCUGGUCUUUGAAGAUCAGCAGUUUUCAGAAGAAUGGCAGCAUUUGCUAUGUGACCUAAAACAAUGUGUAUAUAUAUUAGAUUAUUAUAUAUACAAUAAAUCACAUCAUAAUACACACAGAUUUCUACCCUUAAACUAGAACAUAGCAUGAACAAAAGGAGUGAACCAUAAACUGCACUGAAAAUUAUGAUAUUAAUAAAUUGUCACUUAGACAAUAUUUUUUCUCCUGAAUCAGAAGUCAGCUGAUCAGUAACAUUACAAAACGUAUAUUUUACUUACAGCUAGCUUUUUUAUUAAUCGCGCAGAAUCACACAAUCGCAAAUUGUGUGAUUCUUUUAAUCAAAAGACUCAUUUAAAUUAAAUUUGGAGCUAGUCUACAAAUUUAAAAGGACUGGUUGAUUCAUUUUUAACCGAUAAACACCCCCAAAAACAUGGCCCAUGCUCUCUUAUAACACUUAAAGGGAUAGUUCACCCAAAAAUGAAAAUUCUGUCAUUUAUUCACCCUCAUGCUGUUCCAAAACUGUAUGAGUUGGUUUCUUAUGUUAAACAUAUUGAAGAUUGCUGGUAAUCAAAAAAAAGUUGGUGGUUGCCAUUGACCAUGAUAGAAGGAAAAAUCAAUACUAUGGAAGUCAAUGGCAAACACCAAUUGUUUGAUUGCCAGCAAUUUUCAAAAUAUCUUCUUUUAUGUUCAACAUAAGAGAGGAACUCAUACAGGUUUGGAACAACUUGAGGGUGAGUAAAUAAUGACAGCAUUUUCAUUGGGUGAACUAUCCCUGUAAUCAUGGUACAUAACAAAAAAUACAUGGUUAUUGUAGUUAAACUAUGAUAACCAUAAAUCAACCAUGGUAUGUGUAGUAAAACUGUCGUUAUACAUUUGGCAAUCAGUCUGGCAAAAAAACAUGGUAACUACACUUUUAGUAAAGUAUAAAACCAUGGGCUUGUAUACUGGAGACUUUUAAACACAUCUUCAAAAAGACCCUGUAUCCAAACUCUGUGCAUCUCAAUUGUAUGGACGUGUACAAGACCAUAGUCUCUUUUCAUAUUUGCAGUGCCUCCGGGCAGCUCAACCAUGACAAAGUCCUAUAUAAAUGAAUGGGGGAAUCCUGAAAUUGCAAAACUGUUUCAAUCAAAUUAUAUAUUUUAAAUCCGAAACAAAAUCUGAAGUGACCGGUCUCAUUACUUUGUUGCUUAAGCUCUAAAAACAUGUUUUUUCCCAGUAUAUUUCAGCAGUUGUGCAAUAGAAAAGUCAAUUAUUUCAUGACAUCAGUCUCCAUUAUGGCUGUUUCAAUGAGGAUGUGGUUACAAACACUGGAAGAACAGAGACAGAACUGGAUCAAAGACCAGAGGACGACACUGAAAGGACUCGAGAUGUGAUGUGAUGUGGAUGUUCUUUGCAUUAUGAUUGAUAAUAAACAGGUCAUGUCAUGCACAAUAUUCAAUAAAACUGCUGAACUUUU